UCCGCAGACACACACACUGAAGCGGGCCACAGGGAGCACAGAGCUGCAGCCACACAAGGGUUGGGAGGUGUACACAGAGAACAGAACACAAUGAUGAGGGUCCGCCUGCAAACUCUGAUAACAUGUCUGCUCUUGUGCGUUGCACAAACAUCUUCACAAUCUCCCUCAACAACAGAUCUCCCUCAAACAACCACAGUGAAAUCCAUGACCAACAUCAGCUCCCAGCCUACAACCGGGAAAUCAACUAUCAGCAACACGAAUUCCACCUAUACAACCCCCUCCUCCGACAAUACAGCUACAGUGACAACUGCUUAUGUCACCAGUGUAAAUUCCACGAGUUCAGCUCCGUCCACCAAUGAUACAGCUGCAGUGACAACUGCUUAUGUAACCACUGUCAAUUCCACCAGUUCAGCGCCGUCCACCAAUGAUACAGCUGCAGUGACAACUGCUUAUGUUACCAGUGUCAAUUCCACGAGUGCAGCUCCGUCCACCAAUCACACAGCUGCCAACCCAACUUCAGCUACCACUGAGAAGAACAACACUCCAGACACAGCAACUUCUACCAUGUCCGCUUCAUCUUCUUCCUCAUUCCCAUCAUCCCCAUCUAAAACAACGGCCACCCAGGCCUCCAGCACCCGCAUAACCAGCCCCAGCACCAAGACCACCCAACUACAGGAAGGACACGAGUCCAAGGCCCUGAGCUCAGGAAGUAUUGCAGUUAUCAUGUGUGCGUUCAUCGUAAUCGUCCUCCUAGUGUUGGUUGGGCUGUACUACUACAGGAUCCGACACAGAUCCUACGGCCCUCUCCUGGAGAACAGUGAACGCACCAAUUUUGGAAACUUCGCCAAUCCAAUGUAUGACCCUUGAAUCUUAACUCUUGACCUCUGGCUUGGGAAGAGAGCCUCCAAAACCAAGUUAGGGGAGAGGAGGGGGUCCUCCAAUCAGAUUCUGAACAUAGUCUGUUAAUAGUGCGUAAGGAUCAAGCGAUUGAAAAAUGCAAAACAAAUGUGACAAAUGUGACUUUGUUUAAAUAGCCUCAUUUUUUGUAGUCAACAUAGAAGGACACAAAGUUGCAGUAUUAACUCAGGGUAACUUUUUUAAUUGCUCUGGCUGCAAAGAUACAGCACAGAAUUAUAGGACCAGAAAGGUGAAAUCACAGUGAAAACAAGCGUGUUCAUCGGGGUUCUCAUGCAUCUCACAGUAUAUUUGUAAAAAGGAAAAGUUGUGGAUUAAAAAAAA